GCGGUGAAGUGAGGAUGUGCGUCGCUCCUCGUUCGUGUCUCCCCAGCAUUCCACAACAGUUAUGCUUCGCUUCACGCACGAUGAGCGCAGACUAAAGUAAACAUGUCCCCGAGCGCCACAACCAUCCUACUGCUAGCCGCGGUCACGUCUAUGUUGGCCGGUGUGACUUGCCAACUGGACUCAACCCGACCGACUGAGAACGUCCGACAAACCGACAUACCUAGCGUAUCUGUAAUAUUUUCCUCGCUAUUACCGUCAUUGCGGUUAAAUGAAACCACAUCUGCAGGUUCGUUGCCAAACCUAACUACCGCUACGCCAAUUCAAACAGAAGAAGCCAGUCAUACUCUGUCCGUGAAAGACCCAGAAGAAUCUAGUAAUUCUACUGGGAAUCACGUGAUGGAUGUCACAUUAUCUACAAUUACGGAAAAAGACACUACGGAAACGCCAGCAACAGAAGAUUCCGAUUUUCGGCCAUCUCCGUUGUUUCGUUCGUCCACUGACGAAUUUCAGCCUCGUUCUGGCUUAGCCAGCGAUUACGAUUACAUAAAUGAUUUUGGGGAGCGGAUCUUGACAAAUGCCGCAACGUCUGAUUCCGGUCCUCGUCCAGGUACUCUUCCUUCUCUGUACCUCAGGGAUCAACCGGAGGAUCUAACUCCGUUUGAGGAUGUCAGUGGUGGCCUUCCACUCCAUCCUUCUGAUUCUUCCUCAGUAGACUGGUAUCCUAACUGGCCUUCAGAUUUGGUCACCACACCAGUUCCUGGUCAUCGAGUUAUUAGGAGCAGGACUUCUUCUCAAGCUGGUACUGCAGUAUUCAGGUUCCCUGAUGCCACCAGCUUUGAGUCUCCAAUGGAAAAAGAACCGAUAACGCAAUAUUUCUUUGACCUAAGUGAUGCCGCGUCUCAUUCAUCCAAUAUUCCUGGUCCUCUUCACGACCGAACUGUCACUCGAACUAUUACUCCAAGCUUCGUGUUCCCAACAGCACUUCCUACAGCAGUUCCUUCAGCAGCUCCAACUCUAGAUUUCGUUGGAGGUGGAUUACUAAAUUUACAGUCGAGCGUCCGAGCGGCUGAAGAAACCUCAUCCUUCCCUUCGAUCACUCCAACACCUAACUUAGAACUGUCAACUGGAAAACAGAUUCAGCAAAUUUUUUCUAGUGCUUUCUUCCCGGGUGCUUUACCAACAGCUUUACACUCUGUACCGUCAUCAAAUAAUGGCAUCAACAGCCUACCAGAAAAUACCAACCAACCAUUGAAUGCACCUCAUAAUGCUGCUUCUAUUCCAACAACAUUUGAGUCGACUGGACCAAAAUCUACUCCUGCUUACAGCCUUGCGUCUGACACUGACUUCGUUUUUCCUUCUAGUACUCAUUCUUUCGGAACUGGAGUUAGGAGCUCAGGUGGGCCACUAUUUAUCGUACCAGGUGUUAGCGUGAACGAAGUUGACGCUACCCACGCUACAAAUUCGGUACCAUCUGAUUCAGGUCCUGCCACACAUUUUGCAUCCACACAUGUAGUUAGCGCGCCCACACGCUCUCGUACUAGCUUCUCUAGAGAUAAAAAUUCUUCAAAAACUCGCGUUACACCGGGAGAAACCAGAAUACCCUUGUGGAUGUUACUUUCAAAGACGGACGAAGCGUCUGUAUCGCAUACUGUGACUGACUUCCCGCCUGACCUGGAGGCCGAUUUCCCUGUUGGUAUUCUUUCCAACCAUGUGCCUCUUCAUCCAGCAGUUAUUUUGACCACCGACUUAGUAACGCCGCUAACAAUGACCGAUAUUUUGUCCACAUCCGUUCCAUCUCAAAAUUCAUUCACACGACAUCCCACCUUGACAAGCAUCGACCCCUCCAUCGCUAUCGACGAUACCAUCCAUCCUACCCACACUGUUAUUUCCUCAUUAUCUCCUACUGUUAUUCAUCCAGUUCUUCAACCUUCCAUUGUUUCUUCUUCUGUGCCAUUCGCCUCAGAUAUUCAUGUUCCAAUCGCGCACGAGACGCCUGACCUGAGUGGAGGAUUUGUUAGCCAAAACUUUGUACCAGACGUGACACGAGAAUCUACCGCAACCCUCUCAGGUGGGUUCACGCCUUUACUCAUCGAUAACCCGACCUUUGUGUUCAGUGACUCUAACCCUAAGGAUAAAAGCACCUCGUUUGUAUCAAGCACUGAUUCUGUUAUUGUAACUGCUUCCUUGCACGAUAGCUUUGCACCUUCAGCACCCACUAUUGUUACGUCGCUCUCGUCGCACCAUUCACAUUCGCCUCACGAAAAUGAGCUUGUUUCAGCCUUGCUACAUAAUGUACCAGAAACAAUAGUCCGUAAAGACCCUUUUCUGUCACCCACGUCAGUGGUGUCUUCAAGUGAACCAUCCACGAAUUUCGGGAGCGAAUUCACUUUCCGGUUGACCACCCCCCAAGUGUCAACACGUCACCACCCAUCAUCGACUAGAGACUCUUCAUCGGUGGUUCUUGGCAUCACUCCAAAGUCCUCUGGAUCUUCGGGUAUUGACGAAGAUCUUAGAAGAACCACUCCUUUUCCUACUCGAUUUAGUGUUGAAUAUAAUUUCGCUAAUACUGUUAACGCCACGACGGAGUCUAACUUGCUGGCUGGAGAAGGCAUCACCUACAGGAAGCAACCUACCACCUACGUCUAUCCUGAAGAGUUCCUCGUUACUAGUAAAUUUACUAGUGCCGAGUCUAGCUUCCCAGUUACUGGCGCCGGCGGCCACGACGAAUUUUCCGUGUCAGCUGAGAACACGUCUUUGGAACCACCUUUCGCGACCACCAUUAUACCUUAUGAAGAUACCACCACCACUACCACCACCACCACUACCACUACUACCAAAUCCACCACUACCACCGAAUCCACCACUAAAUCCACUACCACAACCACAUCUGAAAAUGACGUAAACACCACACCAGAAAACGACCAGGAAACCAGCAGCAGCAGCAGCAUCAGUACCAUCGUAGAAACCACUCCAGGAGGUUUCUACGAUGUAGAACUAGGACCAAAGUAUUCUACUUCUACUACAUCAUCUCCUCCUACGUCUAGUAUUUCUACCGCAUCUACGUCAACUACUUCGACUUCUACAUCCACAAUUCCUUCUACUUCUUUAAAAACCUCGACUGAUAGCCCUACUUCCGAAAAACCUGCUACUUCUACAUCUUCUUCUACUUCUACAUCUUCUUCUACUUCUACCACAUCUUCUACUUCUUCUUCCACUUCUUCUCCUACUUAUACAUCCACAUAUUCUACUUCUACCUCAGAAAUCGGGGUUUCUACUGAAAAUAGUUCAGCUGCCCACACCCCCCCUGGGGGGCAGGACGCUGCAGGCCCCCACCUCCGCCUGUUGGUUGCCAUGACGACCGCAGAGUUCUGCAGACAGAGACAGAGCUUAGCUCUGCUGCUCAGGCUCUGGCUGCAGAGCAGUCUCAGCCACGACACAUCCAUCAUCGGCAGCGCCGACAUUCAUUUCUUCGGUGAACCGAACUGCGUCUAUGAAAAUCCAACCUCUCUCGACCUCAACCGGUUACCCGACAACAAUUUCAACCCAAACCCAGACUACGGUUCCAACAUCAACCACAUUCCAGCGGAUGAUUUCAACCCGGAUCCCUUAUCCACAAACUUGUUUUCCCCGACUCCGGAUUCCGCAAUUCCGGAUGAAGCACCAAAAGCAUUACGUCUUACCGGCACAAACCUAAACCUCGGAGAAAACAACGCUUCAUAUGCGGAUUUCAACCCGGAUCCUGUAUCCACAAAUUUAUUUUCCCCGACUCCGGCGUCCGUAAUUCCGGAUGAAGCACCACAAGCGUUACGUCUUACCGGCACAAACCUAAACCUCGGAGAAAACAACGCUUCAUAUGCGGAUGAUAAACUUGAUGUAGUUGAUAAAACCAACUCGUAUUUCUACGUGACCAGAAAUAAGGAAUACGACAGGAAACUAACCGAACAAUUCCCGCUUUUCCCGAAGACCAAAAACCUUCCCGUUGAGCUGCAAGCCCUCGCCCAGACUGUGCUGGAGCUGGAGCUGGUGCUACCCUCAGCUGCCCUCGUGACGACCGAGGGUCUGGGUGCCGCGGGUAUCGCCGGCAUCAUAAUUUGCGCGCUGCUCGUCGUCGCGUCAGGGGCCGCCGGCGUCGCUUUCAUGAUGCACCGACGCAAGCGUGCGGCAGAGAACUACUACGGCAAGCGCUGUACGCCGGUCUCGAUGGAUGCGUAUAGCGUAGACAGCGUCUCUGUCUACCAUUCCUUCCGGCGCAAGAGCAAGAGGAAUAGAUCUACCCACUCAGUCAAGUCAUACCUCAACCAGGGCUUCGAAGAUCCAGUCAUUGCCGCUAUCAAAAGCCCCUCCCGCCCCCUGGACUUCGCACAGCUCACACACUUUGUCUCCGACAUGGACGGCGUCCACGCUGAGUUUACGUCCAUACCCGUCACGUCCCCAGACUACGACGAGCUCCCGCCCAACGUCCAGGACAAGAACAGAUACGCUAACGUGAUCCCACUGAACGAGACGCGGGUGUUGCUGCAGGGCUUCAAGGGCUGCCCGGACAAGCAGUACAUCAACGCCAACUAUGUUGCGGGGCCACAUGGCGAGCCGCAGUACUACAUAGCCAUGCAGGUACUUGGGGACUUGAUGGGUACUUGGGGACUUGCAGGGUACUUGGGGACUUGCAGGGUACUUGGGGCUUGCAGGGUACUUGGGGACUUGCUGGGUACUUGGGGAUUUGGUGGGUACUUGGGGACUUGGUGGGUACUUGGGGACUUGCUGGGUACUUGGGACUUGCUGGGUCCUUGGGGACUUGCUGGGUACUUGGAGACUUGCUGGUACUUGGGGACUUGCUGGGUACUUGGGGACUUUAUGGGUAUUAGGGGACUUAGUGGGUACUUGGGACUUUGUGGGUACUUGGGACUUUGUGGGUACUCGGGGACUUUGUGGGUACUUGGGGACUUUGUGGGUACUUGUGGACUUUGUGGGUACCCGGGGACUUUGUGGGUACUCGGGGACUUUGUGGGUACUUGGGACUUUGUGGGUACUUGGGACUUUGUGGGUACUCGGGGACUUUGUGGGUACUUGGGGACUUUGUGGGUACUUGUGGACUUUGUGGGUACCCGGGGACUUUGUGGGUACUCGGGGACUUUGUGGGUACUAGGGGACUUUUCACCCCCACACCCCGCAGGUCCUAAUCACCUCCCACACCCCGCAGGUCCUAAUCACCUCCCGCCCCCGCAGGUGACCCUGAGGUCCCGUGACAUGCGGGACGGGUUCGUGGUGUCGAGCGUGGUGCUCAAGAACCUGGAGAACAACCUGACGCGGGAGCUCACCCACCUCUGGUACACGGGCUGGCCCGCCACGGGCGUGCCCCACGACGAGAAGCCCUUCAUCGCCUUCAUCGGGGCCGUGCGACGGGCCAAGAAGACGAUGCGGGCCAAGGGCCCCAUCAUCGUGCACUGCAGCCCAGGCACGGGCCGGACGGGCACGUUCAUCACCAUCGACCGCUGCCUGCGUCAGUUCGAGGACGGGCGCACAGUGGACGUGCCAGGGACCGUGCACAGCGUACGGCGGCACAGGGCGGGCGCCGUGCAGACCAGCGACCAGUACGCCUUCAUCUACAGGGUGGUGAACUUGUAUGCUUCGAAAUUGUCAUCAGGAAGCCUAGACUCUUUAUAGGUCUAGGGUAUAGACUCUUCUAGAGGUCUAGGUGAUAGGACUAGAUGGUCUUACCUACAGGUAUAGGCGACACGUCUAGUGGAAGAUUGAGGUCUAGGUGAUAGGAUUAGCCCUAGAUGAUAGUUUUUUCAUGUCUAGUGAAAGAUUGAGGUCUAGGUGAUAGGACUAGAUAGUCUUUCCUACAGGUAUAGGCUACACGUCUAGUGAAAGAUUUCUUUACAUGGCAUGGCAUAGACCUCGAUAAGACUAUCAAUAAUCAGGAAUAAAUGUAGGUAGACUAUUAUUUUUCUAGGCGUCAUGCCUAGUUAAUAGUGAACUUCUAGAAGCCUGGAAGCAGAAGGUUCAGUCACAAAUCUAGAAGAAAGUCGGCUUUCUAGUGCAGCUAAAAUACAGACUUUUUCUUUAAGACUUCAUGGCAAUGUGAAGAGAUAUUGUAAAUAGGCUUGCAGUUACCACAUAUGCCUGUCUAGUUUUAGUUUAAAUUAAAUAAGUUAACCGUUACAAUAAUGCAACAUUUAGAGUCUACUGAACGCUUCAAAAAUUUAUUUUUGAACUCAAAGUGCUUGAAAUAUGAAAAAACAGAUUGGAUUUGCUUUCAUAAAAGUUAUUUUCGUGAAAUGUUUGCCUUCAUUCUUAACUUCACUUACUUCACUACGUCAAGUUUGUAUACGAAUUUCAGUUUUCUUUCCUUUUAAUUCCACUUGAUUUCUAAAACUAGAAUGUAAUUCCAAAUCUUCGACGAUAACUCAUUCCUCCAUUUGUAACACACGUCGUCUUAAGUCUCGAAUCUCACAAUCAAACCAAAAAUGACAUGACCAAUAGCUAAGCACUUUAUCAUUUUACUUGUAUUUUCAUUUGUAUAAAAUAUAGGAAUCUCUUAACUUUGUAUCCGUUCAAUUUAUGACCGUUACGUAAUUUUAACAUAGGGAGGUUAGAUGAAAGAGGUUGUUUUUCUUGUGAGAUAUUAUGCAUGCGACUGGUUCAACGUCAGAGCAAUGGGGGUAUUAGCUGUAAAAUAAUAAUUUUUUUAAAUAUUAGUAGUUAUUCAGUGUUUGACAAUCGCUUCCGAAUUUAGUUUCUGGCUUGAGCUUCUAGCUGAUACUAGCUCGAGCUUGUUUACCGAUUUAAUCUUCUUUUAGAAUAACGUGAAUAGAAUGUGAAGCAUUGCAUUACGGGGUAUUAGCAGCAAAAUAAUAAUUUUGUUUUUGCAAAUAUUUGCAGUUAUUUAGUGUUUGACAAUCUCUUCCGAAUUCAGUUUCUGGCUUGAGCUUCUAGCUGAUACUAGCUCGAGCUAUUGUACUGAUUUAAUCAUUUUUAGCGCAUUUUCU